GUUCCCUACAUCAGAAUUCAUCCAGACACUCGGAGGAAAAGAACUUGCUCGAAGAGACUUCCCUCUGGAUCACCGGCUGGCACCUUGACCCCACCUUCCGCCCUCUUUUCCUCCUCCAUGCGGCACGCCGUCGUGCAUCAUCGUCCGCGGCUCACUUUCCUCCACCUGGGCUGGCCUGGUGAACCGCGAUGCAAGCGGACCACACGCAGCGGCCUUUGUGGGUGCACGAAUCUGGACGGAUUUACUUCGAAUCCUUCCAUGUGCAAGCGGCACAAGUGGCCGAUUUCCUCAUCGCCAUCGCAGAACCUGUGAGCCGCCCACAGGUGAUCCACGAGUAUCAGAUCACCUCCUUGUCUCUGACCGCGGCCAUUGCCAAUGGCAUUUCGGUGGAACAGAUCAUCAAGGUCUUGGUGAAACUGUCCAAGAAUGUGAUUCAGGAGUCCUUCCUGAGCUUCAUCCGUGCCAAGGGCCGUGUCACCGGGAAGCUCCGACUGGUGCUGCGGGAGGGCCGGCACUUCUUGGAGUCGGAGGACGAGCAGCUCCUGCGGCAGCUCAAGACGCAUGAGGAGGUGGCGGAGUGCGUGGUGGACGCCGCCAGCAGCGAGGUGGACUCGCUGAAGGUGGAGAAGCUGAAAGCUGCGGCACAUCAGUUGGGCUUUCCGCUGCUGCAGGAAUACGAGUUCCGCCGCGACCGCGCGGAGGGCAACCCGCCGCUGCCGGCGGUGCUGCGGCCGAACGUGAACCUGCGGCCCUACCAGCAGCGGGCGUUGGCGAAGAUGUUCUCGGUGGAGGAAGUGGCGAAGAGCGGCAUCGUGGUGUUGCCCUGUGGAGCUGGGAAGACCUUGCUGGGCAUCGCCGCCUGCUGCCGCGUGGGCCGCCGAGCGCUAGUGCUCACGACCACCGCCGUGGCCGUGGACCAGUGGCGGCGACAGCUGCAGAUGUACACCACGCUGCCGCCGGAGGACGUGUACCUCUUCACAGCGGACCAGAAGCGACCCAUCGAGGAUGCGGAGCGCAAGGCCUGUGUGGUGAUCUCCACCUACAGCAUGCUAGGCUUCACUGGUCGACGAGGAGGGGACACUGCCUUCAUCCUGGAGCAGCUGCAACAGCUGGAGUGGGGUCUUCUGGUGGUGGACGAAGUGCAAGUGAUGCCCGCGCGGACCUUCCGGACGGUGGCGACCACCAUCAAGUCCCACUGCUGCUUGGGGCUCACGGCCACACUGGUUCGGGAGGACGACCUCAUCCAGGAUUUACAUUGGCUCAUUGGCCCCAAGCUCUAUGAAGCCAACUGGCAGCAGCUCCAGGACGAUGGCUACCUGGCCAAGGUGCGUUGCAUCGAAGUCUGGUGCGACAUGGCGGAGGAGUUCUUCAUGGAAUAUCUCCAGGCGCAAGAUGGGGGCGAUGUACCAGGUUCCAUGCGUGGCAGCUUGCAGAGGGCGCUGUGGACCUGCAAUCCGAACAAGUUGAAGACCUGCGAGUUUCUGAUCCGCUUGCACGAGCAGCGCGGGGACAAGAUCAUCGUCUUUAGCGACAACAUCUUCAUCCUCAAGGAGUUCGCGCGGAAGCUGGGCCGCUACUACAUCUGCGGCAGCGUCUCCUUGCGCGAGCGGAUGCAAAUCCUCAGCGAGUUCCAGGAGAGCUCCGCCUGCAACACGAUCUUCCUCUCGAAGGUGGGGGACAAUGCUAUUGACUUGCCAGUGGCCAAUGUCAUCGUGCAGAUCUCUUCGCACUACGGGUCGCGGCGGCAGGAAGCACAGCGGCUGGGGCGGAUCUUGCGACCGAAGCCACAGGCGAAGGAUGGAGGAACGGGUGGCUUCAAUGCCUUCUUCUACUCCGUGGUCUCGCGCGACACCCAGGAGCUCUAUCACGCGAACCGGCGGCAGCAGUUCCUGGUGGAGCAGGGCUACAACUACCAGGUGGUGCGAGACUACAAUGUGACGCGGCUGGAACAGCAGAACCUGAUCUAUUCCAGCAAGGACUCCCAACUGCAGCUCUUGAAACAGGUCCUCGAGAGCGUGCGCCGGGGCGAGGCCGAGGAGGCCGACGAGGUCUUGGAGCCCGGCUGCGAGACACCGAGGAUGGAGACGGCGCCGAGCAAGGCGGAGAAGGUGGAGAAGGUGGAGGGGAAGCGACCCAAAGAGGAGAAGGUUUCCCUAGCCAGCCUCAGUGGUGGGCUUGAUGGCUCCUACACCGCUGCCGCGCCCAAGUUCAAGCGUUUGAAAACCCAAUGACGGCUCCAAAAACUUAGCAAUUCUCGGACCAUGCCAGAAGAGGGAGCCCGAGAUUUUGGAUCCUUUGUCC